CAGAGGUGGCUGGUUCCUCUUUUCCCACCGAAGCUCGGACUGAAACCCGGAACUGGUUUUGAGAAGGCCUCUUCCUUAACGAGAAGGGGUGGGGUUGAUUUUCUUUUUUUCGCAGCUAGUCUGAUGCGGCAUGGCGUCUACAGGCAUGCCUGACCCGAGCUUCUUGUGGGGAGUCUUCCAAAGGGUUGAUAAAGACCGUAGCGGUAUCAUCUCCGACACCGAGCUCCAACAAGCACUUUCAAAUGGAACAUGGACUCCAUUUAAUCCAGCAACUGUAAGAUCUAUUUUAUCUAUGUUUGACAGAGAAAACAAAGGUGGUGUAAACUUCAAUGAAUUCACAGGAGUCUGGAAAUAUAUCUCUGACUGGCAGAAUGUUUUUCGCAGAUAUGAUAGAGACAACUCUGGAAUGAUUGACAAACAUGAAUUAAAGCAAGCCCUAACAGGUUUUGGAUACCGGCUGACUGACCAGUUCUACGAUCUCUUGAUUCAAAAAUUUGAUAGGCAAAGAAGAGGGCAAGUGGCAUUUGAUGACUUCAUUCAGUGCUGUGUUGUGCUGCAGCAGCAAGAAUUGUAUUUGCUGGAAAAAUGAGGAAACACCUACAGAAGAAGAUAUAAUAAAAAAACUAUUAGACUGCAGAAAUUGACAGAUUAACACUGAAGAUAAAAGAAAAAGAAGACACAGUAUUUUCGAACUUGGGACUUGUUUUAUCUAUGAUUGGAUAACAGAGGUAGAAACUAGGGUGUUAAAAAGUAUUACUAUGUAAGCGAAUUGACUCAGACAGUAUGCUAUUCAGCAAGCUCUCAUUGUAUGUAAAGAAAAAAUAUAUAAAUAAAUUACAAAAACACCCCAUUAAAAGUGUGUUGCUAGAUUGGGCUGAAGUUUUAUUACAGCAUUCUGCAUUGCAUAGCAAAUGUUUCUGAGAAGUUCAAAACAUGAUAUAAGGAUGAAACUGUUCAUUUUUUCCCUAGCAACUGAGAUUUUUCACCCCUAGUAACAGAUUAAAAAUAAUCUAAUGGUACUGUGCUGCCAAACCUAGAUAUGGGGGAGGGGGGAGAAGUACCUUGACUCCUGGCAAUUGGCUAGACAAGUUUUUCAGUUUUCUUGAUAACAUUUUCAGAAGUAGUUUGUCACUGCCUUUCUUCAACUGGCCUAACAGUUAUCGGCUCAAGAUGAACCAUACUUUCAUCUUAACUAAAUUUUAAGUUUCAUUCAGUUUACUUUUCAUUCAAAUCAUAGUUGCCACAAGCCAAUUAUAUAAGAUGCAGACAAUAGUAUGAUACCCUUGUUAUGUGUCAGGCAUCAGUGUUAACUUUUCUUUCCAAUUGAAUUGUUAUUCUACUCAGUUAUGAAGUAUGAAGCUCUCACCAACUAUACUGCAAUGAAAUGUUUUUGUAAGUUCCAUUUUCCAUUACUUUUACAACUUCAUUUUAUCAGCAAAUAUCAUAUUCCUAUAUAAUCUAGUCACUUUCUUAACAUGAAUAUAUGACGUGGUUCUUAUUGCUUUCAUUGCCUUGAAAAACAUUUUUGUCAGUAGAAAAGGAAGCAGGCAGAGGGAAAUGAAGACAACAGUCUCGAGAAUGGCUUAAUUAAUGCUCUUUUGUGCACAUUUGACAGGAGUAUCUUGGUAGAUCUGUCUUAUUUAGGAUUUCUGAUAAUUUAUUCAGCUCAAAAGUUUGAAGAUGGAGGUAGAGCUGUGUACCAUUGAUACACUGGUGGAAUACCUCAAAAUAAUUUUGUCUGCUGAGGUCCAUAUUAAAAUUGGAGAGGACAAAAAAAUCCUAAAGAAUUCAUUCAUAAGUACAUCUCAUUUGUUACAGCACAUUCUGAUUAUUAAUCACAAAAUUAUUAGAAUCAUUAUCAUGCUGUAUUUUAAUCUAGUGAGGAAUUCUAGAAGUAUGUAAUGGUUGAGAAUACUAAAUACUGUGAAAUGGUUAUACUUUUUGUAACUUUUGGAAUCCACUCUCCUGUGAUUUUUGUGUUAUUUAUAAAUUGUUUAAAUUGUAUUUUAGUUUUUAAUUGUUAAUUGUUUUGACAUUUUUAAUUGUGUGUGCCAUACAUAGUCACAUAUGUCAGAUAGGUGGUUACUUAAAUUCAAUUAAAUAAAGUCAGACUUUGAAAAAAUAUUA